CGCGGAUCCCCCGGCCAUCCCGCCCGUCCCCGCCGCCAUGGAGUCUCAGUGCGAUUACUCCAUGUACUUCCCGGCCGUUCCCUUCCCUCCGCGGGAAUUCCUGGCGGGAGAAUCCUCGGGCUACCGCGCGCUGCCGCGCCGCAACCACCUGUACCUGGGCGAGACCGUGCGCUUCCUGCUGGUGCUGCGCAAGAUCCCCGGCGACGCCGACGGGAUCCCCGGCAACGCCGACGGGGCUCCCGGCGACGCCGGCGGGAUCCCCGCCAACCCCGAGGGAGCCGACGCCGCCGGGAGCGCCGGGAACCUGCCGGGCAGAACGCCCUGGGCCCGGCUGGCCUCGUCGCUGUCGGCGCUGGCCACCGUCACCAGCGGGGACGGCCGCGCUCGCCGCGACGACGACGCCGUCGAUGAUCCCGGCGAUCCCGGCGAUUUCGGCGCCGCCGCCGAGGGUUCCCGGGAGCCGCCGCUGUUCCGCGAGUGCCGCGCGCUGCUCACGCACUCGCGGGGCCCCGCGGGCUGCGCCGGCGCCGGGCUCCCCGUGGACGAUCCCAUCGUCUCUCGGGACGAGGUCAUUUUCCCGCUCACCGUCGCCCUGGACCGGCUCCCGCCCGGCACCGCCAAGGCCAAGAUCGUGGUGACCGUGUGGCAGCGGGACACGGAGCCGCCGGAGCUGCGGGAGGGGACAGGGCCAGGGCCAGGCCAGGUGACAAUGACAGGGACAGGGACAGGGACAGGGCCGGGGGGGUACCUGAGGCUGCUCCAGGGCCGCGCCCCCGGCCAGGUGUUCCGGCAGCAGCACGGCGCCUUCAAGGCACAAGUGUCCACGCUGCUGACGGUGCUGCCACCCCCCCGUGUCCGCUGCCGCCAGGUGACCGUGUCCGGCAAGUACCUGACCGUGCUCAAAGUGCUGAAUGGCUCGUCCCAGGAGGAGCUGUCCCUGUGGGACGUGCAGGUGCUGCCCAAUUUCAACGCCAGUUACCUGCCCGUGAUGCCCGACGGCUCCGUGCUGCUCGUGGACGACGUCUGCCACCACUCCGGGGAGGUGCCAGUGGGGGCGUUCUGCCGCGUCCCCGGGUGCCACUCGGGGUGGCCGUGUCCCCUGAGCGCCCUGGAGGAGCAGAACUUCCUGUUCCAGCUGCAGGCGCCCGAGCGGCCGCCCCGCGACGCCAAGGAGGGCCUGGAGGUGCCGCUGGUGGCCGUGGUCCGGUGGUCGACGCCGAAGCUGCCGUUCACCAACAGCAUCGUCACCCACUACCGGUGA